AUGCGUCUCACUCAAGCCGCCGCCCUCGGGCUCUCUCUGCUUUUCGCCACUGCUACCGCCGCUCCCACUCACCAACACUCUGCUCGCUUGGCCAUCAAAGUCGGAAAUGAAACUGAGACCCCGGCGGCUGGCGAGGAGGCUGGUGAGGCUGAAGGCGAAGAGGGCAAUGAGGUUGAGACCGAGGGAGCUUUCGGGACUGCUGUUGCCCUGACCGGAGGCGAUGUCAAGCAGGAUGUGCUUUUCCCUCCAGGAACGAAUGGAGUCUUGGAGGUUGAGUUCCAGAACGCCGAAGGGAGAACGCUCACAGUCACUGAAAACACGACUCCGGCCCCUCCCCCAGAUGGCUUUGUGGCUGCCGAGGCCGUCUCUUACAAGAUCGACCUCGCUGAAGGCGCCGAUAACCUCACGCUAUCGAAGGUGGACUACAUUCUCAACGCAGGAAGCACUCUCGACAUUAGUGGAGGCAAGAUUGGUCGAUUGUGCACUGAGGCAAAUGCCUUCUUGAUUGAUUCUGCAGUUGGCGAAUUGGAGUUCGAGGCAGAGGAGAAUGAGCUCACUCUGUCAGUCGCCAAUAUUAACGGAGAAUGGGCAAUCUUCUUGCCCGCUGAAGCCGGUGCAGCUGAUCCUGCGGCUGGGGAAGAGGCCGCAGCGACUGAGACUCCUGCGGCUGGAGAAGAGGCCACAGCGACUGAGACUCCUGCGGCUGGUGAAGAGGCCGCAGCAACUGAGACUCCCGCGGCUACGGCUACCCCUGCCGCUGGUGAAGGGGCUGAAGAGACCCCUGCCGCUGACGAGGGAGCCGAAGAUACGGAGUCCACCCCCGAGUCCAGGCUCAUCGAUGCUAUCACAGAGCUACUGAGUGGAAACCAGGCCGCCUAA